GCGCGGAGGGCAGGGGUCGCGUCGGGGCCCCUCGGGGAGAUGUUAUUUUUGUCCCCCUGACUGUGUUUAAACCUUCCCUGUGGCAGAGACUGCUGUCUGCACAAGGUGCUUCAUCCAUUGCUGGAUCCCACAUACAGAUGGCGUUCAAUGAUUGCUUUAGUUUGAAGUACCCUGGCAACCCCCAGCCAGGGGACUUGAUUGAAGUGUUUCGUCCUGGCUAUCAGCACUGGGCGCUGUACUUGGGUGACGGUUAUGUUAUCAACAUGGCACCUAUAGAAGAUGGCAUUCCUGCAGCAUUUACAAGCGCCAAGUCUGUAUUCAGCAGAAAGGCCCUGGUGAAGAUGCAGCUCUUGAAGGAUGUUGCAGGAAAUGACACGUAUAGAAUAAACAAUAAAUACGAUGAAACAUACCCCCCUCUCCCUGUGGAAGAAGUCAUACAACGGUCAGAGUUUGUUAUUGGCCAGGAGGUGGAGUAUGACAUAUUUGUCAACAACUGUGAGCAUUUUGUGACUUUGCUUCGCUAUGGAGAAGGAGUUUCAGAGCAGGCCAACCGAGCAAUAAGUACCAUUGGGUUUGUGACAGCUGCUGCUGGCGCCUUCUCGCUCCUGGGCUUGUUUCCAAAAAGAGAAAGAACAAAGUACUAUUAACAGUUUACUGAAGAGAUAUUGGGACUGAAGGAAUUUGUGAGGAGGGGAAAAAAAAAGCCAACCUUGGAUGGAUACUUAUUUUCAGUGCAUCAUUAUUGUUCCAAAUUCCACUGAUGGAUGGCAGGCUCUUUAAUAAAUUGCAUACUGAUAUUAUCUCA